GUUUAGUCAUUGAAUAUAGUCGUAAAUGGUUCUCCGAUAAUAUCUGAGAUUUUAUUAGUUAGUCUUUUGUACAUUACAUUACCUACUAACUUUUCUUUAAAAUGGCUUUAAAAAAAGUAAUGUUAAAUGUAGUGUCCCUAAUUUUUAUUUUAAGUGUAUCGCAGUGUUCAGUAAAUAAUCUAACAUAUAGCGAUUGUGGAUCUAAGCAUGGAUCUAUCACUAACGUUCAUAUAUCUGGAUGUGAGGGAAAGGACGCAUGUCCCUUAUACAAAGGCACAUACGCCUAUAUUGACGUAACGUUCAGAUCAGGCGUAAAGUCAUAUUCUUUAACAGCUGAGGCUUAUGGUAAAAUUGGUAUAUUUUAUCGCAAACUUGAAUUGCCCGACCCAAAUGCUUGUAAUUAUGGUGUGGAUUGUCCGAUAAGACCUUACGAAACCUAUACCUAUAGUAUCGCCAUUUACAUCGAUGAAUCCUUUCCCUCGAUUUCAUUAGUUCUCGAAUUACAUCUGAAAGACGACACCAAUACAGAUGUUGUCUGCGGACGACAACGAUGCCGUAUCGUUGAAUAUCUACCCGUUGUUAUACAAAUUAUUUAGAUUCUAUGACAAGAAACAUCCUGGGGACAAUAGUAUACUAUAUUCGACAAUAUUUUUUUUAUGUUUUUAUGUAUGAAAUUAAGUGUUUUUUUUAAGAUUAAGUGUUUUUAUUUAUAAUUUAUGAAUUUAUUAUUUAUUAUAGAAACAGUUCUUAACCGUA